CUUUAUGAUUUUAGAUCAAGACAAACCCAUUCCAUUCUGAACACCAAAACAAAAUAUUCACAAACCAAGAAAACUCUCCCAUCUCACCCUUCCCUUCCUUUCCCUUCUUCUCAUCCAAAACUUAUGGAAGACUCUCUCAUUGAACGUCUUGAUUUUGGGAAGAUGGGUUAUGGGUGCAAGCAUUACAGGAGAAGAUGCAGGAUUCGUGCUCCUUGUUGCAAUGAGGUUUACUCAUGUCGUCAUUGUCACAACGAAGCAACGAGUAUGCUGAAAAACCCCUGUGAUCGCCAUGAACUUGUUCGUGAGGACGUUGAACAAGUUGUUUGUUCGGUUUGUGACACAGAGCAGCCAGUUGCUCAAGUUUGUACUAACUGUGGUGUUAGAAUGGGAGAAUAUUUUUGCAGCAUCUGCAAAUUCUUUGAUGAUGAUACGGGGAAACAACAGUUUCAUUGUGAUGAUUGUGGGAUCUGCAGAGUUGGUGGGAGUGAGAACUAUUUUCAUUGCAAGAAGUGCGGGUCUUGCUAUUCAGUUGCUCUGCGUGAUAAUCAUUUAUGUGUGGAGAACUCCAUGAGGCAUCACUGUCCAAUUUGUUAUGAGUACCUUUUUGACUCGUUGAAAGACACAACUGUUAUGAAAUGUGGUCACACAAUGCAUUGUGAAUGUUACCAUGAGAUGGUAAAGCGCGGCAAGUACUGUUGUCCGAUAUGUUCCAAGUCGGUUAUUGAUAUGUCUACGACAUGGAAGAGCAUUGAUGAAGAGAUUGAAGCAACUGUCAUGCCUGCUGAUUAUCGGAAUAGAAAGGUUUGGAUACUUUGUAACGACUGCAACGAUACGACCGAAGUUAAUUUUCACAUUAUCGGGCAUAAAUGCGGUCACUGCAGUUCGUAUAACACUCGUGCUAUUGCUCCUCCUGUUCUUCCACAAUAACCGAAUUCUUGUGGUUCAAGAAACAGGUCUUGCCCUGUGACCCGAUUAUUGUAGAGCCUCAAAUUCAUCAUGAAGAUUAGUGGUGUAUUGUGUAUGCCCCGAAACUUUUCAUAGGUUAUUGAUUCUUCCUCCAUCGUGUGGAGUUGGUAUUUGUGUCAUUAGAAUAUUAUUAUAAACAUCUGUAUACUAAAUAUUUUACAGUGGGGAAAAUACCCUUCAUGAGCUGCUGUCAAUUGUGUUGUUUGCUAUUGAUAUUGGAGAAUGGAUUGGCUUGUCUUUGCCAUUGAAUUUAUUCAAUACAACUUAGUGAUUCCUUGCUUGCAUA